AUGCCGGCCGACUCAAAAAGGAAUGGAACGAGAGGCCUUCUCAAUCAUUUGUAUCAUAGGUGUGAGAGUUCUUCUCUUCGUGUGGUGAUGGACAAGAGCCAACCCACAUUGACUCAGUCGAUGAUGGAAGGUGAAGUAAAAAUUUCCGACUUCAACCAAAAAAGACUCGACAAGAUGUGUGUGAAGUGGAUUAUCAAGGCGGAGAUGCCUUUUCGAACCGUAGAGCAACCGGACUUCAAAGAAUUUAUUCUUGAUCUUCAACCUCGUUAUAAGAUUCCUAACCGGAGAAAGAUUGCAAAGGAUGUGUGGAGUUUAUUUUGCGAAGAGAAAGCAAAGAUCAAAAGUAUCAUUGGUGAUCUCCGGGGUGAAGACAUAGGAAGGUGUCUCGAAGAGAAGUUGGUCGAAUGGGGCAUAAGUAAGGUGUUUGCCAUUACCGUGGACAAUGCGAGUUCGAAUGAUGUGGCCGUGGAGUAUUUAAAGAAGCAACUCCGGAAACAUGAUGGCCUUAUGCUUGAUGAAAACUUGCAUAUGAGGUGUGCAUGUCACAUAAUUAACUUGAUUGUGAAGGAUGGGAUGAAAGAGUUGGUAGACUCCAUUGAAGCCAUCCGUAAUUGUGUCAUGUAUAUUCACUCUUCAAGUGCGAGGUUGGAUAAGUUUUGGGAGUAUGCGGUUUUAGAGAAGAAAGAUAAAAUGUCGACUAUCCCGAUGGAUGUUGUGACUCGGUGGAAUGCCACAUACAUCAUGCUUCAUAGUGCUAACAAGUUUAAAGGAGUAUUUGCAAGAGUGGUGAAAGCACACUUGUAUCUUAUGUAUGAAACUUGUAAAGGAACGGAAAAGUCACAUGUGGAUGUGCAUGAGGAUGGUGAUGAUGGUGUUGAUCUUGGUGGUGGCGGUGGUGAUGAUGAUGAUGAUGAAGAUGAUGAUGAUGAUGAUGUGGAAUUGAGGAUAGAGCGGAGACUUAAUAGGCAAAGAAAGGAAGCAAAACUCAAAGAGAUAGCUAAUGAAGUUGACAAGUACUUUAAUGAUGCAUAUGAAAGUACAAGGAAUGAUGAUUUCGACUUAUUGGCGUGGUGUAAAAGUAAAAUCUCAAGCUACUCUAUUCUUUCCAAGGUUGCUAAGGAUGUACUUGCUUUUCCUAGUUCGACCGUUGCUAGUGAAAAUGCCUUUAGCCUUGGAGGAAGGAUUGUGGAUCCGUUUAGAGCUUCUUUGACAUCUAAGAUGGUCGAGGCCUUAGUUUGCACAAAUGAUUGGCUUAGAGGGGAGGAAUUUCAAUUUCACAAGGAGCCUACGGAAGAAGAGCUUGAGUUCUACAUGGAACUCGAACAAUUGGAACAAAGUAUUCCCAAUACAAAUGAAAUGCCACCACCUCCAUCUAAAAGUUCAAAUCCACCCGAGUCCGGAAUUAAUAAAUUACAAUCCCAUCCAUCUAGAGGGGGAAGAGGGGGAAGGGGUCGAUCAAACCGUGGUGGACGUGGCGGUGGUGCUACAUCAUCGAGCAAAUUAAGAGAUGAGGUUCUUGUAGUUUAA